CUUUGGGAGCAGGGAAAGGAAAGGAAAGGAAAGGAGCAGCGCGACUGUGGCUUAAGCGCGGUCUGGUGCGGAAGCGGCGCCGUGGGCUGGGGCUCCCUCGAGCAAUAGGAGGAGAUGCGUGGCUCUUGGGGCGAGGGGCCUUGGCGAGAGCCCAGGGUUGCUUAGAGAACGGCAUAUGUCCUAUGGGAAGAUUAAUCAGAUAUGAAGACAAGUCAGUAAACCCCGAGGAAGUAAUAAAAGGGGUUUCCUUUCGUUACCAGCUGUCCUAAUGCUGUGGGACAUCAUCCUGCCCGUGAUGGAAGCAGAUGGCUGGGAAUGGCUGGUGUCUGCAGUUCAGCAGCUGAUAUCCUGGGGGGCAUCUGCAGCCAUGAUGUUUGGAGGUGUAGUGCCAUACAUCCCUCAAUACCGAGAUAUUAAAAGGACACAGAAUGCAGAGGGCUUUUCAACCUAUGUGUGUUUAGUAUUAUUAAUUGCAAACAUUUUAAGGAUACUCUUUUGGUUUGGGAGACAUUUUGAGUCACCCUUACUAUUACAAAGCAUUAUAAUGAUAGUCACAAUGUUACUGAUGCUGAAACUGUGCACUGAAGUACGUGUGGCAAAUGAGUUGAACAUAAAACGACGUUCCUUUUCAGCUGCAGAUAGUAAGGAUGAAGAAAUCAAAACAGCUCCCAAGAGAACCUUUCUGGAUUUUGACUUGAACUCUUUCUGGCACUGGAACAAGUUUGCAGAUUAUGUGCAGUGCGUUCUGGCUUUCACUGGGGUAACAGGAUGCAUCACUUACCUUUCCCUUGACUCCGGUAUCUUUGUUGAAACCCUGGGUUUCCUUGCUGUUUUCAUUGAAGCCAUGGUGGGUAUCCCGCAGCUCUACCGUAAUUAUCAAAAUAGGUCAACUGAAGGAAUGAGUGUAAAGAUGGUGCUAAUGUGGACCAGUGGUGACACUUUCAAGACAGUGUAUUUCCUCCUGAAUCAAGCUCCAUUCCAGUUCUCAGUGUGUGGACUUCUCCAGGUCUUUGUGGACUUGGCCAUCCUUUUGCAGGUUUACUUCUUCAGCUGCUACCCACAGAAACCGAUUCCACAUUCCACACAUCCAGCCAGUACCAAGGCACUUUAAAGCACAGGGUGGAAGCAAUUAUGAGUUGAGAUGUAGAAGUCAAGUGGUUUGGAGCCAGCCUUAGCUUCAGCUCUGCUUGUACCUACUGUGUCUCGGAGGAACUAGAAAUAGAAGAAUCAAAGAUGGACACCUACACGGACACUUCUUCUGGCAUUUUUCCCCUUCUUCCAUUGGGUUGCAUACCCAUUGAGUGGUUUCUGCUCUUUGGGAUUUUUCUUUUACUUUCUUCAGUCCUACUCAAUUCUCUAUAUAUCUGUGCACGGACAAAUGUGUGUAUCACAAGGGCUGGUUGUUACUGUUCUCAAUGCUAUAUUUUUCAAAGGUCAGUCAUAAAAAUUGGAGUAUUUUGUCUGAAGCAUUUACCUAUUCAUAUGAUAUAUGCAUAUGGGUUAUGUAUUUGGAAUAUUUUACAUUCCUUACAUGGAAGUACAGAACCAUUUGUUAAAAAAUGUGAUAGGUAACACUUGAUAAGAUUGUAGGGGGUGAUACUAGGAAGAGAUGGCUUAGUGAAUGAUGUCAAGAAACAGAUUUUGUGCAACUGUGUUAUAUAUAUAUGUGCACACUGCUGGGCCAGUGUGAUGUAUAGAUUAGUGAUUUUGGUUCAAAUGCUACUACAGCCAAAUGGAAGAGACUGGUGCAUAAGAAGUCUUUAGAGAGCUCAGAAGGAUGAGUAAUUUUGACCACCUUGGAGAAAUUACUAAUAAAAAUGAUACAGGAUUUAUGGGUAAAAGAGGAAGAGCUUGAAAGAAAAUCAGUGUUUAGUUUAGGCAUUAUUUGCAUUCUGUUCCUGUAUUUUUAUUUGGUGGAAAAGCCACUACUGUAGAGUUAUGUAAUUCUUGUCUUUGCAGUGUGAGCGCAAUGAAAUUCUUAAAGUUAGAAUCUUAAACUGCACAGGUCAACUACACUAUCAGAAGCACUGCAUUUUAAGUUAAAGACAUUAUCUGAGUAGGCUUUUCUCCAUGAAAGGGAUGGUUCACUAGACCAGAAUAGAGGAGGGAGAGCAAUAGUUUAGUGCUGGAUAAUAGAGCAAACCUUUUUUU